AGCAGUUGAGUUUUGCUAUUCAUCACACGCAUACACAAAUACUUCGCACGCAGUCGAAAUUAAAGCAGCAGCUGGAAAACAUGUCUUUGAGCGUGGAAAUCGUGGCAACCAAACCUUACGAGGGCCAAAAGCCUGGCACAAGCGGAUUACGCAAAAAAGUAAAAGUGUUUACUCAACCCAACUACACGGAAAACUUUGUGCAAUGCAUUCUGGAUGCCAAUGGUGCUGCUCUGGCUGGCUCCACUUUGGUUGUGGGUGGUGAUGGACGCUACUAUUGCAAGGAGGCAGCCGAACUCAUCGUUCGCAUUGCGGCUGCAAAUGGUGUUGCCAAGCUGCUGGUCGGACAAAAUGGAAUUCUAUCGACGCCAGCUGUCUCCAGCCUCAUACGUCACAACAGUGCGCUGGGUGGCAUUGUGUUGACAGCAUCGCAUAAUCCUGGUGGUCCCGAAAAUGAUUUCGGCAUCAAGUUCAACUGCGAAAAUGGCGGUCCAGCUCCCGAUGCCUUCACCAACAACAUUUAUCAGCUGUCAACGGCCAUCAAGGAUUACAAACUGGUGCGUGGCCUGCAGAUUGACAUCUCCAAGGUGGGCGUAAGCACCUACGAUGUGGCUGGCAAACCAUUUGUGGUCGAAGUCAUUGAUUCGGUGGCGAACUAUGUGCGUCACAUGGAGGAGAUUUUUGAUUUCGCCAAGCUGCGCGACUUUGUUAGCGGCAAGUCGACGGGCAAGCCAUUGAAGAUGCGCAUUGAUGCCAUGAAUGGCGUCACUGGCGCUUAUGUGCGUGAGAUCUUUUUGAAUCGUUUGGGAGCAUCGGAGGCAUCUGUGGUGCACACAACACCACUGCCCGAUUUCGGUGGACUGCAUCCCGAUCCAAAUCUGACGUAUGCCAAGGAUCUGGUCGAUACGGUGGCCCAGGGAGAUUAUGAUAUUGGUGCUGCCUUCGAUGGUGACGGUGAUCGCAACAUGAUCAUUGGCAGCAAGGCGUUCUUUGUCACCCCCAGCGAUUCGUUGGCUGUCAUUGCCCACUACUUGGAGGCCAUACCGUAUUUCCAAAAGAAUGGCGUGCAGGGAUUCGCUCGCAGCAUGCCUACCGCCUCUGCUGUGGAUCUGGUUGGCAAGAAGCUGGGCAAAGAGGUCUUCGAGGUGCCCACCGGCUGGAAAUACUUUGGCAAUCUCAUGGACGCCGGCCGUCUUUGUUUGUGCGGCGAGGAAAGCUUUGGCACCGGCUCCAAUCACAUACGUGAAAAGGACGGCAUUUGGGCGGUGUUGGCAUGGAUCUCAGUGAUGCAGCACACGGGCAAAAGCAUUGAGGAUAUUCUGAAGCAGCAUUGGUCCGUCUAUGGCCGUAACUAUUUCACACGUUACGACUACGAAGAGUGCGAUCUGGAACCCUGCAACGAGAUGAUGGCCACCAUGGAGAAGAACAUUACCGCAGCCGAGUUUGUGGGCAAGAACUACUCGAGCAGCGGCAAAAGCUAUAAGGUGAAGCAGGCGGAUAACUUUAGCUACACGGAUCCCGUGGACAAGUCCGUGGCCACAAAGCAGGGAUUGCGCAUUGUCUUCGAUGAUGGCAGUCGCAUUGUGAUGCGUCUCAGUGGCACUGGAAGCUCUGGCGCUACCGUGCGUUUGUACAUCGACUCCUAUGAGAAGGAGAAUGUUCUGGGACAGGCCAGCGUCAUGUUGAAGCCCCUCAUCGAUAUUGCUCUGGAAAUUUCAGAGCUACCCAAGUUCACUGGACGCAAUGCACCCACCGUUAUCACAUAAGCACGGCAGCCGCAAAGAUUAUCUAAUCCAACUGCCAACUGUUAUUCGAAUGUGCAAUUCAUUUGGCACUAACGCAAUUUCUCUUUAUUGGCUUAAACCAAAGUUUGGCAACAAUUGAAGCAAUAAAAUAGGUUCAUGAAUCUUCAAGCAAUUGGCCAUUUAAUUUAUGUCUAUUCAUUAAUAAUGUAUCCAAAUUUAUUUUACA